AUGGAGUCCAUGAAGCAAGAGACCCACGCACACACGUCUCCUUCAGACAGUACCGAUUAUGAUAUUGAGAAAUUGGCGGGACAGCCCCCAAAGCGCACUCUGAACACCAACAAAAGCUUCUUGGAUGAGUGGAGGAAUGGUUCCAAGGCACGGGUGGUGAAGUAUUAUGCCGUGCAUUUCUGUAUAGGCAUACUGGUCGGCGCGAUCGUUGGGAUUCAUCAGGGUGUUUAG